AUGUUGGCGUGCAAGAUUCGAGGUCAAUCUUUGUAUUUUGAUGAUAAUCAAUCUUUGACUUAUAUUGAGGCUCUAAAGGCUGUUGGAGUGACUGAAGUUGUUCUAGCUAUCAAUUACCAACCAGAGGUGAAAUUCAGUGGCCCUCGUUACUUCAACAACAUUAAUGUGAUGGAUGAUAUUGAUGAUGAUGAUGUUAUGGAUGAUGCUGCUGAGUUUGAUAUUCCUCAAAAUGCUGAAUUAAACAAUGAUCAAGUGCCUGAAAUUGAAAAUAAGGUUGAGUUGAAAAAGAUUGUUGGUAGUAUUAGUAAUAAGAGGGCUCUUUGUUGGAAACAUUUUUACUUUAUUACCCCAGAAGGUCAUCCGAAACCUAGGGCUGCAUGCAAAUGGUGUCGAAAGGAUUAUGCAUGUCAUUCGAAGCUCAAUGGUACAAAAUCACUUACUCAUCAUCUAAAGUUUCAGUGUUUGAAUUAUCCCAUGAGCAAGAAAUUCACGGGUAGUAGGCAAAAACAACUUAGUUUUCAAAAAAAGGAACAUAAUGACGAAACAAGUGCAAACUUUGUGCCUAUGACCUUCAGUGUUGACGCAUGUAAAAGAGCACUAGCGAAGAUGAUAAUAAUUGAUGAAUUGCCAUUUUCAUUUGUUGAGGGUGAAGGAUUCAAACAAUUUAUUGAAGUUGUUCAACCAAUGUGGAAGCCUCCUGGUAGGCUUGUGAUGGCCAAGAACUGCAUGCUUAUUUAUGGGGAGGAGAAAAUGGCAUUGAAACAAAUAAUUAAGCAUCAAAGGUUGUGUCUUACAACGGACAGUUGGACUUCAGUCCAAAAUUUGAAUUACAUGUGUCUUACGGGACAUUUUAUUGAUGACAAUUGGAAAUAUCAAAAGAAAAUUCUGAAUUUUUGCGUAGUUCCUAAUCACAAGGGUGAUACUCUUGGUAGGAUAGUUGAACAAUGCUUGUUGGAUUGGAGGAUUGAUAAGUUUUUAACUGUUACGGUUGAUAAUGCAUCAUCGAAUAGUCUUUUGAUUGCUUACUUGGAGAGAAAGACCAAACAUAGGAAGACCACCAUUUUAAAUCACGAGUUCUUGCAUGUGAGAUGUUCGGCACAUAUCUUGAAUCUAAUCGUACAUGAGGGAUUGCAAGAGAUUGAUGACCCAAUUGGAAGGGUGCGAAAUAUUGUGAGAUAUGUGAGGUCUUCCCCUUCUAGAAUGGCAGAGUUUUGGUCUUGUGUUGAAAAUGAGAGCAUUACAUGUAGACUUAAACCUUGUUUGGAUGUGUCUACUCGUUGGAACUAUACAUAUUUUAUGUUGGAGAGGGCUUUAACUUAUCAAAAGGCUUUUGAUCAUUUAUGUGAUGACCCGUCCUUCAAAUUAAAUGUAAGAGAGGAGGAGAUUGAUGAGGCGUUUGAUGAUGUUGAUGGUUUUGAGGGUAUGGGUAGGAUAAUUGAAAUUGAGAAAAGAAAGAAAAAGAGAGGGAGAGGGCGGAAGGAAAAUGUUGGGGCUCCAACUUCAAGUGAUUGGGAAAAAAUCAAGUUGUAUGUAAAGUUUCUUCGAGUGUUUUACCUUGCAACUUUGAAAUUUUCGGGUUCUUUGUAUGUCACUUGCAAUGUUUUUUUUGAUGAAAUGGUAUUAAUUCAACAAGAUAUUGUGAAGUUGUGUGAAACCGAUGAUAGUGAAUUGCAUAAUAUGGCACUUGGUAUGCGUGAGAAGUUUAAUAAGUAUUGGGGAGAUUUUGAUAAGAUUAAUCAAAUGUUGAUGUUUGCAGUUGUUCUUGACCCUCGAUGCAAAAUUGAGUUUUUUGAAUAUUGCUUUCGAAAUACUUUGGGAUAUGAUAAGACGAUGGUUGGUGAGUUGACGGAUAAUAUAACAAAUGGAAUUACCCGUUUAUUUGAAUGGUAUGUAAAGAAUAAUGCAAACUCGAAUGUGCGUAGCCAAGAGGUUGGGGGAUCAUCGGACAAAGGAGAUUUGGAUGGAGUUGAAAUGGAGAUUGGUAGUCAUAAAUCUUUGAAAUCUCAAUUUAAGAUGCACAUGCAAAAGGAAACUAACAUGGCAUGCAAAUCUGAAUUGAAAAAGUAUCUUGCGGAAGCAAGUGAGGAUGAUAGUGACAAAUUUGAUAUAUUGCGUUGGUGGAAGUUAAACUCCUCUAAGUAUCCAAUUGUUUCUCAAAUGGCACGAGAUGUGCUAGCUAUCCCUGUGUCCACGGUUGCUUCGGGCGGACGUGUGAUUGAUCCUUAUCGAAGUUCUCUCUCUCCGAAGACCGUGGAAGCUCUUAUUUGUACGCAACAAUGGAUAAGGAAACCAACUAAAAUCAAUAUAAAAGAACAACUUGAUGAGUUGGAGCAAUUAGAUUCAGUUUUCUUGGAAUCAAUUGAUAACGAUUAA